GCCUGAUUUUCCUUUUGGGCCCUUCGAGGGCGUGAUAUAUGCCCCUCCUUGACCAUGUAUGCAGCCUGAGGGACACGGGAGACCUCCCCGCCCACCCCCGGCCGCCAGGAGGCCUCAGCACCCUAACAUAGAUGCUACGCCCUUCUCCGUGCUCCAUCUACCCUCACUGCAGUGCCCAUACGGUCAGGCAUGUCAACGUGGCGCCGGUGGCCGAGGCGCUGCCCACUAAGUUCCGCGAGGGCGUCACUUUGGGCGCGGGAACGUACGGCACGGUGCGCAUCGCAACGGAGCUCAGCACCGGCAAGAAGGUCGCUUUGAAGACCAUACAGCUCGAAGACGAUGAGGGCAAGCAAAACGGGGUGCGCUGGGAGGGAUAUCUGUCCAUCUGUGCGUUGCAUGCAUCGCAUCUGUGGCUGUGUGGCUGUGUGGAUGUGUGUGUGCCCUGACCUGCAGGUGACGAACACGGCGAUUCGCGAGUUGAUAUUGCUGCGGGCGCUGCGUCAUCCGAAUAUCGUGCGUUGCACUGAGUUGGAGGCCGACGCCAAGGAGCUGCGGAUGGUGCUCGAGUACUGCAACAGGGGGGACCUGCGGAGGGAGAUCAAGAAGCCCGGCAACCUCACCAUCACAGCCAUCAAGAAAUACGCAAGGCAGGUCCUCUCGGCACUGGCAUACAUGUACGCAGCGCAUGAAGGGCGCACGGGAUGGGCGGGGGGCUGGGUGGGCGGAUGGGGAGAGAGAUGGCGGAUGGUGGAUGGAUGGAUGUGUGGAUGUGUGUGUCAUGUGUGUCAGGCACAUGAACUACAUCGUUCACCGUGAUCUGAAGCCACAGAACCUACUCCUCGACUCCAGCGGGGACCUCAAGGCAACAACACAACACAGACAGGACACAUCACAUCGCAUCAGCCACACACUUUACUUACUUUCCUUUGCCCAUUCAUUCUGCCUCUGUCUGUUGUCUUUCGUUUCUUUGUUUGGCUGCCCUGCAGGUAGGUGAUUUCGGGUUAGCGCGUUGCCACGUGUCGCCGAGCCACCCCGGCACACACGACGUGGUGUCGCUCUGGUACCGUGCGCCCGAGCUGCUGCUCAGGGGCGCGCCGUCAUUCGCUAUCGACGUCUGGGCGGUGGGGUGUGUGGUGGCCGAGAUGUGCGUCAAACAACCCAUAUUCCCAGGCGACUCUGAGAUACACACGUGAGGAGUGCAUGGAAUGGGUGGAUGGAUGGGUGGGGGGAGGGGGAAAGAGUCACGUGUGCGUGCGUGCGUGUGUGUGUGUGUGCGUGUGCAGGUUGUAUAAGAUCUUCGAGCUCUUGGGCACCCCGACCAACGCCACAUGGCCGGGCGUCGAGAGUUUCAACGAAUAUAAGGUAAACGGUCAGUCGGCACCUUCACACCCCCUCUUAAAUCAACACACAUACAUGGAUGGAUGGAUGGAUGGAUGUCUCUCUCUGUGUUGUUAGGAUGAGUUUCCCCAGUGGCGGCGUCCCGACGUGCGUGCGCACCUGCGGAACGGACUGUUCGCCGACACGCCACUCAAACACGACUCGCAGGGGGUCGACCUAAUCGUUAGGUACACCUGUGUGUGUAUGUGUGUGGGCGAAUGGGGCGGCACACGCACCUGUACACCUUUCUGUCUGUGUGGUGCGGAUGGUCAGGUUGCUGACGUUGUGUCCGGAGCAUCGCAUCACGGCCAUCGAGGCCCUCUCGCACCCCUGGCUCAAAGACGACUCCAACCCGACGCCGCUCACUACCACCCUCAAGAAGAAAUGACGGUGGGGUGGGGUGGAUGGAUGGAACCUACCGACACAUACACCUGACACACACACACACACACACACACAAGACACACACACCACACGCCUUACCAUAGACCGAAAUUCGGCUGGCAGUCCACCUGUCGGGAUGGAUGGAAUGCAGGGCUGGUCUGUGCUAAUGGCGUGUGUGUCCAUCCAUGUUGGUCCGUAGCGUUUUGUUCCUUUUGGCAUUUUGAUGAUGAUGGCUGGUGCUUUCCAAGGCAGGCAGGCAGGCAGGCUGGCAGACGGGCGGGCAGACGGGCUCAGGGGGAGGGAUAUAUCAAGGCAACGAUCGUCAGAUGGCAUAUCUAUCCAAGCAAAGCCUGGCUGCUGCCCCUGCCUGUCUGCACAGACAGAGGAAACAGUUCCAUCCUUUCUUUUGUUUAUGAUCCGUGUCUCGGCCUGUGGUGUGUCUGCCUGCCCGCCUGACCGUCCGUCCCGUCCGUCUGUCUCUCCGUCUGGCUGGGUGUCGCCGUCUUCUUAUCACGUACUUGUCUGUCGCUGCUUACUGCUCCUAGGUGCGUGUAGUGGUGGUGGUGUCCUGCCGUUGCUCUUGCCCUUGCUGUGCGUGUGCGUGCUGUGUGUGAGAGUGUGUGUGUGUGUGUGUGAGUAUGGUGUUUGUCACGCCUCACUGGAUGGAUGGAUGGUGGAUGCGUUCAAUGAAUGCGUUGACACGGCAUAUAUAUUUGUGACCCACUCACUGCCUCACGACUUGCUGACUGACUCGCUGACUCCCUCACUCACUCACUGCAGUCGAUGCAUUGCAAUUCGGUUACAGACCUACCGAUGCAGCAGCUGCAGACACACACACAUGAUCCACACACAUGAUCCAGACAGAGAGAGGGGGAGACAGAGAGAUAAGGAGAGAUAAGGAGGAAGGAGACCGGCGAGCCACAGCCAGCCAGCCAAUCAGACAAGGCAAGCAUGCUCGGCAACCGGUAUAGACCAUUAGGGGCGGGCGGGACAGAGAGGAGAGCGUCAUGCUAUUUGUCAACAACAAGCAAGGCAUGGUUGGACGCCAUGAGCUAUGAUGAUGAUGGUGGCUCUGUGCCUGAGUAUGCCUGCCUGCCUGGAUGCCUGGAUGGGUGUGUGUGUGUGGAUGUGUGUGGAUUGGAUUGGAUUGGCCAGCCAGCUUUGGAUACCAACUUGGUGAUUGGGUGACAUACAGACGUUGACGAUUGUAUGGGGAGACCCGCUGCUGCAAAACCAUG